AUGCCCACAGAAAGAAUGAAUCGAACGAAUACUGAUCAUAUGUAUUCCCAUUUUCCACUCAUUCCACAAGUGACGACAAGUGCUCAUUCUUCUCCAAACAAUAUGAAAGGAAAAUUUCCUAAUCAUCGUCAAGUUGGUUGUCAACAGAAUGUGGUGGUGUAUCCCUCAUGUGUGUCGACAAGAGUACCAGAAAAUGGAUCAUCACCGUCGAAUAGUUAUUCACCUUCUACUGUCACUUGUCAAGAUCAGCCACGAGAAUGCCAAAACAGUAACAAUGCCAACAACAACAUGUUUCAAACCAUUACAUGCCAAACAUCAAGUCCCUUUAAAAGUUCUAUCAGUGAAAACUCACAAAAUUCGACAUCCAAUCCCAUUUCUUCCACUCCAUGUAAAACACCAAAUUUUACCACCUUCCAACAUUCACCUCAAAUCAUCCGAUGGAAUUACAAAAAGACCUCUUCACCUCCUUCCGUUAUAUCUUCUUCAUGUAUGUCCUCCUCCAACAAGAUUGCCAAAAAACAACAUUCCAAAUUUGUUAAUUAUGGCUCCAACAGUGGUCAAUUGUAUUUUAUGGAUAACCAUCAUCCACAGAUUCCAAAAUCUGUAUCAAAAUCAUCAUCACAACCACUCCCUCAAUCCCUCUCCUCUCAAACUUUUGAAUUUUUGGCUGAAAAGUCUUCAUUCAAUAACAACAACACUUCUCGACGAGGAAAAAUUAAGGAAUAUAUCUUUGUGGAGCAAUUAAAGGAAAUAAGAAAAGGAUCACUUCCAAAAAGAUCUGAAUCACCAAAAUUCUCCUCUUCCUCAUCGAUGAAUAUAAAAAGUCACACACUGCAAGGAAAUGAAGAUACCAAGAAUCAUCAGUCCUCUUCUUCUUCCUCCUCCUUCUCCACCUCUCACUCUUCCACAGUCAUGCAUUCUCUCAUGAUCAUGAAUACCACAAACGACACAGACUGUAUUCAUGUGGUGAUUGGAAACCCUUCCUCGGUGGAAACCAAUUCCUCUCCAUCGACGACAUCGACAACCACGACAACCACGACGACUCUAGAGAAUCACAACAAACAACAAAAACCUUCAAUUGUAAGAACUUCCAUCUCAUGGAAAGAAAUUUUAAAUUAA